AAUGUACAACCAAGCUUUCAUCACCAUCAACAUGGGAAAAGAUGGCUACAAAACCGAGGCAUGGAAAUUACUGGAAAGGGCAAAGACAUCUGUGGAUGUUUACUUGUCAGAAACCACAAAUACCAUGGUUUCUUUUCAGAUUGCCACAAGAGGCAACUUUGAACCACAUCAUGAAGGAGAAUGCAACUUUCUAAAGCAAAUAGAUUCCAGGAUGAGCAUUCACAAAGCUUGGAUACUUAACAUUGACCUUGCAGUAAAUAAACUUAAAGAGCUUGAGGGUGAAGGCACAGCCAUAACAGAGGAAUCCUCAGUGUACAGCCUCUCAGAAAAUCAAGACUACAUCACAGGAAAUGAACUUACGGCCUUGUAUGACAAUGGCCUGAGCAUUGUCUUUGAGGUGAAAAAGAAGCCAGAGUUCAGCUUUGACGCUUUGAUCUGUUUCUUCAUCGGUAUGUGUCAGGUCAUCCUUGGAGGUCUGGUUUGUGCCCUGUCGUUUGGCUCUGCAACCCAGAUUGGCUUAAGUCUCAUCUCUGAAGGAGUCUCUGACAUGAUUGAAGGGAUAUCUGGCAUGAUAUCGGGCACAUUCGAUUGGGCACAAUGGGCCAUCUCCAAAAGCAUCAGCAUUGGGAUGUCUCUGCUCUCCGCAGGGUUCAGCGCCAUUAAAAAAGUUGCCAUCACAGCAUAUAAAGUCCUCAAUGGUACUAUGAAACUCUCAUCUGUUGCAAAGGAUAUCAUUGGCACAGGAAAGUAUGUUUUCAAGUCCGCACAAGGAGCAGCAAAGUCUAUCUCCAAAGCAACAAUUAAGACUGCAAUGAAGAAACUGGCAUCCCCUACAAACAUGAAGAUGGCUCUAAAACACGCAACCAAGUACGCAUUUCAGGAGGUAGGGGAGCAGGGUGUAAUCACAGGAAUAAACUAUGCCAUUGAUGCUGGAAUUGGGGCCAUCUUUAAAACAAUUUUAGAAAAAGCUUUCAAAGACAUGGUCAAUUCAACAGUCAAAAAGAAUGCCAAACUAGGUCUUAGUCUCACUGAAUACAUUAGCUCUGCAGUACCUAAAGGAGCUUUGCAGAACCGCAGCAACUAUAAGAUUGACUCAAAGCUUGAACAACAAACAAAAGAUUUAGUUCAAGUUAUGACAAAAGAACUUAUUCCUGGCCUCAUGACUGAUGCCACCACAUCCCAAGUCAGUGAUGUUAUCAGCAGACUCUCUGAGGUGUGCAAUAAUGCAACUGACCUUGUGGAAAAAAGUAUUGCAAAAGUCAAAAUAAGUGUAGAAAUAGCUAAACACACCUCAACCUUGGUCCAAAUGAUUCGGUCUAUUCCUACAGAACAUGUUAUCAAUGACAUAUUUGUCCUUGAAUUAAAAAAAGAAAUUGAAGAGCAGCAAAGAUAUGUGGAGCAGUAUGACCAAGAUGGCAGACAUGAUUUACCAGAUGUGAUUCGCCUAAAGGAUGAGUUCCUAAGCUCCAUUUCGGAAAGUGUCUCCGAAGCGUUCAUAGAUGCUUGUGCUGGGCAUAUGUCCUCUUUUGUGACGGGAACAUUCAAGAAGAAGCUCAAUAGAGUUACUGGAAAAGUUGUUGACAAUGUACUUGGCAGACACAAAACUGAGGCCUUUUUCCAGGACCGGCAGCAUAAACAUGAUAUGAAGUCAGCCAGUCAGAAGACUGGGAAAGCUCUGUCAGAGACUGAAACAAAAGAACUUCUGGACUAUGCAGAGAAGAUUGGUGAUGUUAAUCGACCAGCCUCGGCCCUGGACAUUUAUGUCCUCACAAACAGUGACCUGCUCCAUGGUAAAGGCAUCCAGUUCAAAGUGGUGGAUCAAGAUGGGAAAACGCUCUCAGAGGAGUCCUACCCGGGAACGAACAGCUCAGCCGGCCAAAUCACUCUACGGCUGACCAAAGAGCCUGAGAAAACACACAGUGAGGACGGAAUCCUCUCUAAAGCAAAAGACAGAAUCCAAGGAGUUGAAAGUCCAUACAGUGGUCACUUUGACAUCAUCCAAGAUGGCAAAGUAAUCCCUGUGCGCUCAGAAAACAAGAACUGCCUGUACCAUGCCCUAGCACAGGCAACAUCUAACAGGUCAGAGGAUGAGAUCACAAGUCAAGCUGUGAAUCUACGAAACAAUGUUAAAGACCAGAUUAAAGGGAGCCUUCAGGCUUAUAGUGAAAUGGUUAAAACCCAGAAGGCCUAUGAUGCACUUGAGAAAAAUCAUGGAAAAUAUGCUAUAGUUGGAGGGGCCAGGAAUAGAAAACGGACGAAUGAUGGGGAAUAUGAACAUGAUAUCAGGCCCAUGAAGAAUUGUCCUUAUAGUUCCUCGGGGAUAAAUGAGUAUGACAUAGCCUUUACGUACAACCUUGGAUUAGUUGGUCCUUACAAAAGCGUCAAAAACACCAAACUUUUCUCUGACAACAUGGGGGAAAGAGGCAUUGUGGAGGCAGACCAUAUUCCACCAAAGAAUUCCCUGAAGCUGGCCAGAGACCAAAAAUCUCAGAUGAAAAAUCUGCAACAGAAGAAUCCGAAGCUUUAUGAUAUGAUAAACAGCAUUGAAUCAGAUCAAAAUGGAGGGAACCUGCUCACAAUGCGGGUUCUCAAACAGCAUCACAGGAAUGCUCUAACCACUGGAAGGAGUAAGACAUCUGUCAUCUGCAGGAAGCUGCUGGCGGAUACACUUGCAAGCGGAGAUGUGGAGAAAUCACUGAAGUUAUCUUUCAUCAUGGCUCAUCCUAUUGCUUCCGACCAGCUCAGAGACAAAGCAGGAAAGCCCAAUAAACUUACCCUGGGAUCCAUUGAUUUAUCUCCUGAAGGAACAGUGUUCUACUAUAAAGCUGGUUUCAAUCAGAUGCUGAAUCACCAUAGUAAAGAGGGGAUCAUCGACCAGAAUCAGCAGGCCAGGCUGAAGUCCUGGGUGUCUGAUAAGAAGUACAUGGACCCGGACACCCCAGAGUACAACGACAUCCUUGCAGCCAUCCAGUAACACAACCUCCACUGGAGACAUGUUAGUAAAGGGAUAAAAUCAUACUUUUAUAUUCAGCAUAUGAAUAUCAUGCAUUUAGUAUAAUCACAAGGUGAAUCAUUUCUUGUUGAACCUUAGGUGAAUGACAAUUUGACCUUUCUACUGCUGCAGAAUUACUAUACUUUUUUUGUUUGUGCUUCCACAAGGUAGCCUAUGGCUUUUCAAAAUAGAUACAGUAACUUAUGUGCAAGUUGCAUGAGAUAUAAGCUUGCUAAAAGAACAGUAGGUUCUUUACAGUAAGCUGUAAAUUGACUUUUCAUUUUGUUUCAUUCAGUACUGUAUACUAUACUGGGUGGCAAAGUUCAUUUCUCAAUGUCAUAAUAUUUACUGAUGUCAUAAUAUUUCACGUUUUUAGUUUCUUAGUAUUGAAUUAUAUAGCCUACUUUCCAUUUUAGUGUAAUGAUCAUGGUAACCUUUUAAAAUCAAAUCAGAUUGUAUUUGUGUUAGAGGAAAUUAUAGUUGAAAUGAUUAAUUAUGUAUACAUUAUUGAUUAGAACCAUUUAUUCUAAUACUAUUAUGUUAUGGUAUGAAAGGUAUGGGUUCUUGGUUAAGCUGUUACUGAAAAUGUAAGCAGAACAAAUUAAUUGUCUGUGCCUCUCGGGGAGUUUAAGGGACGAGAGAUGAUAUAGCUUUUCAGACAGAUAAGAAUGUUUGGAUUAUGUUCCAUUAGUGGAGAAAAGUAUAUCUUUUAGACAGAUUGGAAUGUCUGGUUUAUGAGAGGAGUAGAAAGCAUCUCUGGACCUAAAAACACGGGGCUAUUGUGGGAAACUGAUGAUGUCAUUUUCAGUUUAUAACCUGUGGAAAUAUGUGUAUGUGGUCAGUACUCUCUGGAAUUAAACGCUCUUACCUGGCUUUUAA